AUGUCUUCUCAGGACUCAUCUCUUGCCGGCAAGGUUGCCAUCGUGACUGGCGCAUCAAGGGGUAUAGGUGCAGUCAUUGCCCUUGAGCUAGCAGGCAGAGGUGCCAAGGUUGCCCUUGUAUACGUCUCACCGAACAGCGAAAAACUGGUAGAUGAGGUUAUUGCAAAGAUCGCCAAGCUGGGCAACGGCUCUUCAGCUGUUAAAAUCCAGGCGGACCAACGGCAAAUCGAAGCACCGAAGAAGAUAGUGUCGGAGACGAUAGCCGCCUUUGGAGACUCGAUCGAUAUCCUCGUCAACAAUGCUGGCGCGGAGCUGUUCAAGUCGCUUCCGGACAUCACGCCCGAGGACUUUGCGUCAGUCUUAGAUCUCAACCUCCGCGCAGCACUCUUCCUGUGCCAAGCUGUCGUGCCGCAUCUUCGUGCUCCGGGCCGUAUUGUAAACGUUAGCUCGACGACCACACGACGUAGCUACGCUACACUUUCUGUUUACUCGGCAGCGAAGGCUGGUUUGGAGGCCAUGUCCCGUUCCUUGUCUUACGAACUUGGACCCGCAGGGCACACCAUCAAUGUGGUUCAGCCUGGACCGGUGCAGACGGAGAUGAUGAGGGACGUCCCUGACGAUUGGGUAAAGGAAAUGAAGCAGAACACUCCGUGUGAGAACCGCCUCGGAACUCCGGAGGACAUCGCGCGCGUAGUAGCCUUCCUCGCCGGCCCCGACUCGAGAUGGAUCACCGGGCAGUGCAUUUCAGCCAGUGGAGGCUACGUUAUGCUCUGA